AUGAGCCUCGUUCACCUCCGCCCCUCUCCGCUCCUCCGUCCGAGUCUCCUCCUCUCCCAUCCCCUCCUCCCCCGCACAUCCCAACACACCUACGCCACACAAAAUUCCUCCGCAGCGCCGCGACGGAGAAACGUCACAGUAUUAUCGGACGAUGGCCGGUAUACAUGGGGCGAGCUGAGUGGGAGGGAAAAGGUUGCGCGGGCGACGCAGCAGUCGAUUAACUUUGUGGUGGUGUUGGCUGGAGCUGCUCUUACGGGCGGCGUCUUCUAUCUGUUAUAUACCGAGGUCUUUUCGCCAAAUAGUAAGACGUGGCAGUUCGAGAAGGCUGUUGAGAGGGUCAAGAACGAUGCACGGUGUACCGCUCUUUUGGGUGAUCGGAGGGAGAUCCAGGCGUACGGAGAGAAUACUUGGAGCCGGUGGGCGAGGAAUAGGCCGAUUGCCACAACGUUUGAGAAGGACCAACAAGGCCGCGAGCAUAUGAGGAUGAACUUUCAUGUUGCGGGACCACGAAACUCUGGAACUGUCUUUGUACACAUGGUGAAGCCAACAGACACGAACGAGUGGGAAUAUCGACUUCUUGCGCUCGAAGUCAAAGGCUACUCCCGGGUCGUUCUCGAGGAGCGCCACGACCCCAAAGUUGGCGGAGAGCUGAAGAUUUUCGGCAUCCGGUGGAAGUAG